AUGUUUUCAAAACAUUCAUCGUUUAGUUGCUCGAAUCAAACCUCACAAGAUGUCAAUCCAUGGCAACAUCAACUUCGCCUUGAUCAGAUAAAAGUCAAUAGGCACUACGAUUGUUUUCCUGAAUAUCCUUACAAUACCGCAUUUGGCUCAUUAUUAACUGGUUCGAAUUACACAGAUGAUGACUCAGGAAUGAGGAACGACGAAUAUGCCUUGGAAGAACAGCAUGGCGUUGCGCUUCUUUUAGAAAAACUUGUUAGUUUUCUCGAUGAAUUUUUAGUUUAUCUUUCAUCAAUGAUAUCGUAUGAGCAAUUUCAAUCGUAUCUACAAUUGAAGAAAAUCAAAGACAUCGCCGAACGUAUCUAUCAACUUCGUCUUAUGUUGCUUGCAGAGAUCGAUCGUAGUCCUGAAACCAUCGCCACUUUUGACAUCUCAUUGAUUCUUCGAGAACUUGCAUUACUUAUUCGUUGUUUGAGUGAACAACAACAACAACAAACAGAAAGAUGCUCUGAUCCAUCACCAAAUGUUAUCUUCUCACAACUAUUGGAUCGCUUGGAAAGAACCCUUCAGGCGUGUAUGAAUUGUGUCAGCCAACGUUGCAAUCCUCAAUGUCACCAGUCGAGCAUACCCGAUGCAUCUCCAUGUAUGAACUCAAGUCAUACUAUCGAUAAUCCAAUGUCUAUUCCAUGGUCAGUUUUAAAACAAAUAGAACAAUCAGGCGAAAGUGACAAUGUUUUCGGUUUGGUAUUUGGAAUUAAAGAUGAAAAAGUUCGCCGAAAGCUAGGAUAUCAUGGUAGUAAACAGAAAUCAGCAAGCCGAUCGAGACAGUUAUCGAAUAAAAAGAAAAAACAACGAUCUCAAAAAAGUUUCGUGAAUGACGAAGUCUCUCCUAUUGAUAAUAAGUAUCAAAAACUGACGAAAUCAUUCAAAAAUCGAUCCUCACCAUCACGACCAGCGAGACUUAACAUCACUGCAUCUAGAACAAACAAAAGAAAAACUCAACAACCAUCAGCGAAUUCAAUCUCUGUACACGAGCCCGACAGUAUGAGUGAUAGCUAUACUAUAUCACCACAACGAUCUAUACAACUUAACUCCAUCUAUGGUCGUUUGAUGGGAUCGACCAGUAGUGAACGCUUGUCGCCUCGUGUUGAAGAUUUACCAGCUUCGGCAUUGUCGGAUCAUAGUAUUUUACGUCGUACAUCUUCCAAUCUGAAUGAGAAACAGUCUAGUCCGUACAAGAACAGUAAAGCAGAAACUUCAAAUUUAUCACCAACUUUGAGCAAAUUUGUGAGCAUUAAUCGUUCUCGAGAAAUGCUUCAAUCGGGAAUCAAUGUUAAAGACGCAAGAAAUACUUCAGAUACUCUACAGAAGGAUGACGAACAAAAUCUUAACCAAAUAAAUGUGAGCAAACUGUCGUGUUUAUUAUACGACAUAUUCCAGGAUAAUAUUAUGUAUAUGUCUGUGUCAACUUUUCAGGCUGGCUAUGUUGAUCCGUCUGCACGGUCUGUAUCGAAAAGAAACAUUCCGUAUGACGAAGACGUGUCAUACAAAAGUUCUCCUCUAUCGAUGAGAUCGUUAAAACUGACAAAAAAUGAUCUACUCAAAUCGAGUAGCAUUGAUCCAAGACUAAGUAAACAACAGUCAGUGAACGAAAGUAUCAAUGGAUUUUAUUCGUAUAAUUCUUCGAAUUACCAAAUCCCUACUUCGCCGAACAUUCCGCUGGCUACUCAUACUCUUGCAGAUAAUAUUUCGUCGUUCAAAGUUAUCGAAGGGCCACGCAGUGCAGAAGGAGAAAUAAAGAUUAGGGAUACUCUCAUUAAUGAAAACGAUGAGCUAUCGACUCCUUAUGUCAAUUCCAUGAGUAUCCAUCAACAGCAGAGUACAAGUGCAGUAGAUGAGAAGAACGCUUCUUCAUAUCUGCUUCAAUUUCCAAUGAAAAAACAAGGAUAUUGGAAGAAAUUCAUGAGUUGUAUUCGACGAACAAUAACCAAAUGA